GCUCAAAAGAAGAACAAGGAGCUGGUCACAGUUUUGACAGCAAUUGACCAGGUCACCAUCCACACAGACCAAGAGAACUCUUUGAACCAUCUGUACGAAAAGGUGACGGACAAGCUGGGCAAUGACAAGGUGCAGCUUCGUAAAUCACCCAGGUACAGUUCGGCUUCAUUGGGCUCUGGGGAGAUGGUGAACGGACUGAUAGCCGGAAAGAUCAGGUUUCACGUGAACAAGACGAAGACGACGGCGCACAGGAUCUUGAAAGGACAUGAUUACCUGGGAGAACUCUUGCCGAUGGGCGAGACCGUCAUGGCAAAGUACCCCAACGUGAAGGACAGGGCGAAGAGCGACUCCAGAUGGGUGAAAGGCAUCUAUGCUGGAAAGACAACGCAGUUGGACGAGCACAUAGCCCUCACAGAAGCAGGGGCAGACACUUUCCGCACAGUGAGAAGGUUACCGCUGGGCUCACAGCAUCAGCUGGUCGUUCUUGAACAGGCGAGAGGUGCACCCUGGAACACUGUGGAGGGCAUCGAGAAGGCGAAGCCAGAGGGCAUCCGCUCCAAAGUAGACGUGAGACAACUGCAGGAACCCAUCCUCGAAACAGAAGUAACUAGAGGGUCGGGAUCCGCGGGUGACAUUGCGCCACGUGAGCGGGAGAUACCGCCGGUGUUUGUGCCAGCGCCGAAAAUCUCCGGGCGCAGCAUCGAUCCGGACGGGUUGACGUGCCAAGACUUCAAGAAGAAGCAGAGCCCUGAGGAAAAGGAAAUUCAGGAGUACCUCAAAGAUGUACCUCGUGAGGAGCUCAUUUGGCAGGUUGAUGGCAACAUCUAUGGAAGACAAUCUGCAGCAGCUCAAUACCGGGAUCGACCUGAGGAGAUGCUCACCAACAAGGAACUCGUGAAAGAGAAGCAGGUUGCGAUCGCGAAGGUUGACGGGAAGCAGAAUCCCGCGGACGCGCUCACGAAGCAUUUGGUGACAGGUCGCAAGGGAGUGCGAUCAAUUCAGAAGUGUCAGCUUUGUGGCUGA